ACUCUGGCCUUCAUAACCGCCUCAGCUCGCUCUUUAUUCCAAAGCAGCUCCCUUGAGCUUCAUCAGCAUCUCUCGCCAGCUGAAGAUGCUUCUGUAUCGAAUCAAAGAAACCUUGAUUGUUCUGGGGCCACUUAUUCUUCCUUUAGGGCUUCGCGCCGCGAUGGUCUUGUCCAUCCCCGCCCCAGCCUGAUCGAUCUGUUGAGCACGCACGGCCCGUUCCCCGAGCUCAGCUUCUAGCCGUACCCAAAUCGAAGGAACCGAGGCAGACAGGGGAUUCCCAUUAUGACUUGGGCACCGUGGGGAGUGGUGCACAACUGGUCACCAUUUAAGAUAGAUGCCCUUGGUCUUGUCACGCUCCUAGGAGCUGAAGAAGUCAAUGGCGCCGUGGGGCGUCUAGUCAGGAGCGCGUAUCUCGAGUACCUGCCGAUCCUUGGUGCUUUUGUCAUUGCCGGCAACCAGAUUACCUGCAAAGAAGCUGGUUUCAACCUCUACAAUAUUUCACAGGGUAUCCAUACAACCGACUUAUCCGCCUGGUUGACAAGAUGGAUGUUGUCGCAGGACUUCGAAGCCACUCGGAGCUUCGUUGUCUGGAAGGUCACUCCUCCCAAAUCUCGGCGGAAUGAUAUCAUCAUCUCAUUCAUCAUCAGCUUCAUCUUCAACGGCUUCCUUAUAGCUCUGACGAUUCUGUCAAGGGAUUGGUACGGCUUCGCCAAUGCUUUGGCGAUGGAUAUCUCUAUCAUUGUUCGAGUCUAUGUGGUGGGUCAGCAACGCGCUGCCGUGGAUGCUAGAGUGGACGAAGUUGUCAAAAAUGCAACGCCAGCACCACCAGAAGGCACGUAUGAAGCGGCAAGGGUUAAAUGGUUACACGAGCUGGACGCAAGGAAGAUGCAAAAGGAGGGAAAGCGAGAAUCGAAGAGGAGAAGGCGUAGCCUUGCCUCCAAUGGAGACCUGGAUGGUGGCAUAUCAGGACGAGACAAUGUCUCUACCCAGGAUUUUGCCUCAUCAAAGCGUCCAGAGCAGCGAACCAGACUGAUGGACUCUGACACAAUGCCUCAGCGUCCAAAGUUCGAUCCGAAGAAAUUCGAAGAUCCCGAUUAUGCAUGGACUGGCAAAAGUACCAAAGUUCUCAUUAUCCAGACGGAUUCGAAGGCAGUAACUUUUUGGAUGCCACACGAGUUACUUGCUCCACCAUCUCUCUUCAUUGAGGGUCCAAAGGUCCUGCAUCCGCAAACAUACUUUGUGGUCAGAUCCAUUGGUUGGCUUGCAUUCGCGGUGCACAUUGUGGCGAUUGGCAUGGCCGCUCUGGUCAGCCAACUGUACACUGUUGUCCUUAUCGUGCUGCCCACAAUUUUGCUGGUACUGAAAUUUUCCUGUGAUGACUCGGAAUGGGUGCAGACGCUUCAGCGUUGGAGAAGGAGCUUUCUUAGUGGCUCGGGUACCAAGGAAUAUAAGCAGCAUCAACAAGCAGAUGAGAAUGCUCCAGCAGCUGAGCCCAUCAAGUUGCGGGAGUGCUGGAUUGGUUCGCGCUUAAAGGCCGAAAUCUACGAAUGGCCCCAGUCGUACGAAUUUGCCGGGGGCAAGGAUUCGACCUGGACUAGCGGGCCUCUCGACCCAGGAAAAGAACGCUCCAAGAAACGACAAGAUCUGUACGCCUGGCUAGCUCUCAGUCAGGAUGAGGAAGAGAGCAUGGACAAGUGGGACCUCUUCCCUCACAUCCGCAACGAUAACAAGGUAUGGUGGGAAACAUAUAAAAAGAAGAAGAACUGCCUAAAGCGUAACGAGCACUUUGGACCACAGCUCGAACGACCAAUGGCACCUGGCAAGAAAGAUAAAGAAGAUUUGCCAAAGUCAAUCUUCCCGAAGGGCAGAACCGACACAGGGAACUUUGUGAGCGACGCGUCGGAUCGAAGACGUGUCCAAGCGCGCAAGGAAAGCAGUGGAGUCACAAACAGCUCUGCAUUUCCGGCCAUCAGCGAUCAUGAGCAUUCGCAGAUUAUUACUGAUGAGGGUGGAGGUGCCAUUAUUCAGUCGCCGGUCGAGGUAACAGCAGCGGGCAUACCAAGUUCCCUGGAUGACGAUGCUGCUGCAUCAGCCCUUCCCUCACGUGUCCGUCGAUCUGAUGAUGGUUUCAAAGAGGAUUGAAGUCAUAAGUUUAGGGGCGUGAUUUUGUCGCGAAAGGAUUUUGCAUUCUACAGUAGUCGGAUUUGAGCUAUGUGGCAUUUUAGCAAGAGAUGAGUUGACGCGCUUCUAUUUCAGGCGCCGUUUAGGUUAUGGAGGUGAUGCCUUAGCGACAAGCUGGCUCUUACACUCCAAAUGAGUUGGUUAUAUAGUCAGUGGGAAUUUGUGAAGAUUGUAAUAAACAUGUCG